AUGAAAUUGCAAUUAUAAUAAUUACAAUAAUCAGAGAAAGAAUCUUAAAUAAAAAUAAUUUAAUUAGAAGAACAAAUUAUUCAACUUGCUUAAUAGUAAGAGAAAGAUGAUGCUAAAUAAUAAAUAAACUUUAAUAAAGAAAUUUUAAUGGAAAAAGAGCUAUAAUUAUCAAAAUUAGAUUAACUUGUUACAGAGUAAUGCAAUAUAUUCUAUUUAGAUCUAAUUAAAAAAAUCUUGAAUAGAAGUAAAUAAUAAUAGAAAUGAAGAUUUAAAUUAAUUCAUUAGAAUAAGAGCUAUAAUAGUAAAAGCUUACGAAUUAAUAGCAUUAAGAAAGAAGAGCAACUGCUUUUAGUGAGAUAAAUCGUUUGGAAUAGUAAAAUUAAAUUUAAAAAUAAGUAAUUUAUGAAGAAAUAAAUUAGCGUAUAAAUGAUUAGGAUUUAAAUAUCAAUUAGCUAUAAUCUGAAAUUAAGUAAUUAUAAUAAUAAUUAAUGAAAUAACCAAAAGUCAAUUGUGAAUAAAAUAAUAUGCCAACUCUUAAUUAAAGUUGUAGCAAAAAUUCUAUGGUUGAAGGAAAUAAUUUAGAUUCAUCAAGAUUAUCAGAUGUUGACACACAAAUUUCGAGAACUGCAAGAGCAACUAAUUUAAUUUUAAAUGGGCUAAAUUAUUUUAAAGUUAGACCUUAGGUUAUUAUUUAAUAAACUGAAGAUCCAAAUAGAAAAAUUGCUGAAAAGGCUUUAUAGAAAUAAGCUGAAGACUUGAAAUUCAGUUUAGAAUAAUUAUAUAAAAGCUUCAUAUCAACCUUAUUACUAAAUUAAGUAAAUGAUGAGAAAUUCGUGAAAUUUGAAAGAGAAAUUAAUUAAUGUGUUAAAAAGACAUAAGAUUUGAAUGAUAAUAUUGAAGACUUUUUUUGA